GGUCCUGCGCGCCCGGCCCGCGCGCGGCCAUGGGACCCAGGGCUCCGAGGGGAUGCAGCGCGUCCGCUGCCAGGGACUCUUUGUCGGUUCUACUCCUUCUGUGUUUGCUCUCGAGGACUUCCGAGUUAAAAGCUGCAAAUGCCUUUAAACCCAAUAUUCUACUGAUAAUGGCAGACGAUCUUGGCAUUGGGGACCUUGGUUGCUAUGGGAACGAUACGCUCAGGACACCCAAUAUCGACCGGCUUGCAGAGGAAGGUGUGAGGCUCACCCAGCACCUGGCGGCCGCCCCCCUCUGCACCCCCAGCAGAUCUUCCUUCCUCACGGGGAGGCACUCCUUCAGAUCAGGCAUGGAUGCUGAUGAUGGGUACCGUGUCCUCCUGUGGAACGGGGGAUCGGGCGGACUCCCCGUGAAUGAAACCACGUUUGCCAGAAUCCUGCAGCAGCAAGGUUAUGCAACCGGCCUCAUAGGAAAAUGGCACCAGGGUGUGAACUGUGAACUCCGCACCGACCACUGCCACCACCCACUGAACCACGGAUUUGACUAUUUUUAUGGCAUGCCUUUCACGCUUGUGAAUGACUGUCAGCCAGGCAGGCCCCCGGGACUGGACGCCGCGACUAGAAGCAGGCUGUGGCAUUAUACCCAGAUGGCGGCACUGGGGGUCCUGACCGUUGCUGUUGGCAAGACUUGCGGGUUAAUCUCUGUGUCCUGGAAGGUAGUCCUGGGCGCAGCCAGCCUCGUCUUCCUCUUCUUUGUCUCCUGGUACGCCAGCUUUGGGUUUGUGCGUCGUUGGAACUGUAUCGUGAUGAGAAACCAUGACGUCACAGAGCAGCCCAUGGUUUUGGAGAGAGCGGCGAGUCUCAUGCUGCACGAGGCAAUUUCCUAUAUUGAAAGAAAUAAGCACAGGCCAUUCCUUCUGUUCGUGUCCUUGCUGCAUGUACACAUUCCCCUGGUAACUACAAAACAGUUUCUUGGAAAAAGCCGGCACGGCUUAUAUGGCGACAACGUGGAGGAGAUGGAUUGGCUUGUAGGUGAAAUCCUUAAAGCCGUUGAAGUAAACGGUUUGAAAAACAUGACAUUCACGUAUUUUACCUCUGAUCAUGGAGGACAUUUGGAGGCAAGGGACGAACGUGGCCAGCUGGGGGGAUGGAAUGGAAUAUUCAGAGGUGGCAAAGGGAUGGGGGGCUGGGAAGGCGGGAUCCGCGUCCCGGCGAUCUUCCGCUGGCCUGGGGUGCUGCCGGCCGGCCGAGUGAUCCACGAGCCCACCAGCCUGAUGGAUGUUUUCCCCACCGUGGUCCAGCUGGGGGGCGGCGAGGUGCCCCAGGACAGGGUGAUCGAUGGCCGUAGCCUGGUGCCCUUGCUUCAAGGGGCUGCUGAGCACUCUGCACAUGAGUUCCUGUUUCAUUACUGUGGAAAGUAUCUGCAUGCAGCACGCUGGCAUGAGAAGGACAGUGGAAGACUCUGGAAGGUCCACUACAUGACACCGCAAUUCCACCCCAAGGGGGCGGGGGCCUGCUACGGCCGAGGCCUGUGCCCCUGCUCUGGGGACGGCGUGACCCAGCACAGCCCGCCUCUGCUCUUCGACCUCUCCAGGGACCCUUCUGAGGCAGAGCCCCUGUCCCCUGGCUCCGAACCCCGGUACCACGCGGUGGUAGCACGGGUGGGCGAGGCAGUGGAUCAGCACAGGAAGACCCUGAGUCCCGUGCCCUCCCAGUUUUCCCUGAGCAACAUCAUCUGGAAGCCGUGGCUGCAGCCGUGCUGUGGAACCUUCCCCUUGUGUGCAUGUGGGCAGGACGGAGGUCCCCGGUGAGACAUGACCUCACACUUGGCAGGAUGCCUGUCAUCAGACAGCCAGGGGGCAAAACAUGCUGGUGAGGAUGCAGAGAAAGGGGGAUUGUCUUGCACUGUUGCUGGGAAUGCAAACUGGUGCAGGCAUUCUGGAAAACAGGAUGGAGGUUCCCCCCAAAAUUAAAAAAUAGAGCUAUCCUAUGACCCACUGAUUGCACUUCUGGGUAUUUGGUCAAAGGAAAUGAAAACGGGAUCUCAAAGAUAGCUGCACUCCCAUGUUCCUAGCAAAAUUCUUCUCUUCAGAGCAGCCAAGACCUAGAAACAACCCAAGCGCCCAUCGAUGUGGUCCAUCCACACAACGCGACACGACUCAGCCACGAGAAGCAAGGAGAUCCUGCCCUUUGUGACAACGUGGACGGAACUCGAGGACAUUAUGCAAAGUGCAAUAAGCCAGACACAGAUCCAAAAAUACCACAUGAUCUCACCGAUUCGUGCAAUCUUAACAAAAAAGAAGGGAAGGGUGUGUUCUGUCUUGGAGGGACGCAACCCCGUGCUAGCAGCCUCCUGGCAUUUCCAAGCUCUACCACCCUCUGCCUCAGGGCCUCGGGAUGGCUGCAGCAGCUCCAGCCACCACACAGACAUUCCAGGCUGCAGGAAGAAGGGCAAUCCUCCCCGCAGAGUCAGCCCCUGUGAAGGGGAUUCUGCAGAGGUUCGAACCCUGGACUCCUGCUUCCCUCCGUAGAAACAACUGGGAAUUGAGACAUUCCCUCUUUGAAGUGGGCACAUACCUGCAGGGGGUAGACUCAGGGUUAGUCUCGUCAGCCUAAAGGUGAGACAGGCUUUAUAAUGACUUGUCCGAGGUCUUUGAUACAUAUUUCAUUGCCAAAUUACUUAUUUAGCAAAUUUCGAGGUUCCAGCUGGCUUAUAAAACCUCAAGUUUCCCC